CGCCAUUCAAUUCUUGGUUUGACCGACAAUCAACUCCACCAUUGCUUUUGUCCAAGUUUCCCUUUAUCUCAAUCCUCUCCGCGUCCUUUUGUCCAUCUUUUACCGUACUACCCUCUUUGACACGCACACAACAGUCCUUUCUUGCCUGCUUUGUCUUUUUGACCUAGGCAUUGUUCCAAAGAAAGACGCCUAAUAGCGCUCCACCAACACCGCACCUAAUCGUACACCACUAUAGAGCGAGUAUCACGAGUGUCCGCCAUGUGUUUACGCGCACUCUCUACCCACGAACCUUGAUAGAAAACUCGACAUACCCUACACCGAACAAUAAUAGUUCAAGAUGUCUCUCAACGAGACCCUUACCUUGGGCGGUGACAGUAACGCAGGCUCCUCGAAGAGCGGACAAACGGCCAGUCAAUUUGCGGCGUCCUUGAUCACCUCAUUGGCCAUUUUCGGGAUCGAAGUCGCCCUUUUCCUCCUCAUCAAAGAUCGAUUCGCCAGAAUUUAUCAACCAAGAACAUACCUGGUACCAGAAAGAGAACGGACCAAACCAAGUCCUCCUGGGUGGUGGGAAUGGAUCAAGCCAGUCUUCACCACAUCCAACUCCGAGUUCGUACAGAAAUGUGGCCUGGACGCAUACUUCUUCCUCCGAUAUCUGCGCACCCUGCUUAAGAUCUUCGUCCCUGCUGCUCUAAUUAUCUUGCCGAUUCUGAUACCCUUGAACGCGGUCGAUGGUCGUGGUGGCGACUAUGCCGUUGGGAAAAACGCCAAUGCAUCCAAUGUCACUGGUCUGGACACCCUUGCUUGGGGAAAUGUCGCUCCAAACCACACCGGCCGAUACUGGGCCCACUGGCUGUUGGCCCUCAGUCUGAUCAUCUGGGUCUGUUAUAUUGCUUUCGAUGAACUACGCAACUACAUUCGUAUGCGUCAGGCAUAUUUGACAUCUCCCCAGCAUCGACUGCGCGCCUCCGCUACAACCGUCUUGGUCAGCUCGAUACCUCAAAAGUGGUGCACUGUCGAAGCACUUGAUGGCCUGUACGAUGUCUUUCCGGGUGGUCUAAGGAAUAUUUGGAUCAACAGAAAUUUUGACGAAUUGAACGACAAGAUCAAGCGCCGGGACAAGCUUGCGGCUACUCUCGAGUCUGCUGAAACAGAUUUGAUCAAAAAGUGUUUCAAGAAGAAUGAAGACAACAUUGCUAAGGCUGAUAAAGAGGCCGGCAAAAAGGUUAGCAAGGAGGAAAAGAAGCUUCGGGCUACCGUUAAGAACGAAGCCGGUGAUCACGCAGCCCACGGACACGGUCUGACUACUGGCAACCCCCAUCAAGUCGAACAUCACCUUCGAGACGUCCUCGAUGGCCCUGAUGUUCGACACUCUUCCGCUUCGUCCUCUGACGACGACGAGGAAGUAGAGGAGCCCCAGCAUAACAAGCGCAUACUCCCAAUUCCCAUUCUAGGCGAAGGCUUCUCAGCAGUCACUCAGGGCUUGGAUAACAUCGGCAACAGACUUCUGGGUGGAAUUCGCGGCGUCAACAAAGGGGUCAACAACACGAUUGAUAGGACCAAUGGGUUCGUGCCCCAAGAGGCUGACCAGGAACAAGCUGUAAGACCUUCUGAUGAGAAACGUGCGCCGCAAAACGGAGACCAUGGCGCAAAAUCAGAGCAACGAAAUACCUUCGGCCAGAAGAAGACAACGCACGCCAAAGAUGCCUCCGCGACUGCUCUGAACGACAACCGUGGACGGUCCGCAGAAAAGUCCGGCAGAGAUCUAGCACCUUCCAGCCCUAUUUCUCGAUCUAGUACAAAGAGAGAUGACAAAGGCCGACCAGAAAAGUCCCUGAGUACAUUCCAAAAGGUCAAAAAAGCGAUCGGCCUAGGGUCUGAGGAAAAGGAGCCUGUCGACUAUCCUCAGGCGUUCGAGUGGGGCUUCGAACACGAUCCGGAUGAUGCCUUAUGGCGGCACUAUUUACCGGAAAAAGAUCGCGACACUACGAGGUUGCCCAUAUUCGGAUGGUCGUGGAUGCCUUCACUUCCGCUCGUUGGCGAAAAGGUCGAUACAAUUCGGUACUGCCGAAAGGAAGUUGCCAGACUAAACGUCGAAAUUGAAGACGACCAAGCUCAUCCAGAACGAUUUCCGCUCAUGAACUCGGCUUUCAUCCAGUUUAAUCAUCAAGUGGCUGCUCACAUGGCUUGUCAAACAUUAAGCCAUCAUCUACCCAAGCAAAUGGCGCCACGUAUUGUCGAGAUUGAUCCAAACGACGUUAUCUGGGACAACAUGUCGAUUCCUUGGUGGCAACGCUACGUUAGAACUGGUGCAGUGGUCGCUAUUGUUACGGGCAUGAUCAUUCUUUGGGCUAUUCCAGUGGCUUUCACCUCCGCCUUGUCACAGUUGGAUACCGCUGCCGAGACAUAUACUUGGCUCCAUUGGGUCCUAAGUAUUCCCAAAUGGUUCAGGAGUGUUUUGCAGGGUGUCUUGCCUGCCGCGUUGUUGGGUCUGCUGAUGCUCCUACUUCCUCUCAUCCUUCGAUUCCUGGCCAAAAUGCAAGGAAUUCAGUCUGGUAUGCUUGUGGAGAUUUCCGUCCAGCGUUACUACUUCGCCUUCCUCUUCGUCCAGCUGUUUCUGGUCGUCUCAGUCGCCUCGGCGCUAACCCAGUUCUUCGCGUUCUUCACUAGCGUGGACGGCUUCACGAAUAUUCCUUCGCUGUUGGGGACUAACAUUCCCAAAGCGAGCAAUUACUUUUUCUCCUACAUGCUGCUGCAAGCGCUGUCCGUGAGCGCAGGUGCUCUGGUGCAAGUGGGCUCACUCAUUGCGUGGUUUAUCCUGGCUCCUCUAUUCGACAGCACAGCUCGAGCCAAGUUCAAACGACAGACCCAGCUGUCGAACGUCCAGUGGGGAACAUUCUUUCCUGUGUACACUAACUUGGCUUGCAUCGGCUUGAUCUACUCCGUCAUUGCACCUUUGAUCCUGAUCUUCAAUAUCAUCACAUUUGCAUUGUUCUGGUUUGCAUACCGCUACAACACACUUUAUGUGACCCGCUUCACUCGCGACACUGGCGGCUUGCUGUAUCCGAAUGCAAUCAACACUACAUUUGUCGGACUCUACGUCAUGGAGAUUGCCCUGAUCGGCAUGUUCUUCCUUGUUAGGAAUACGGCUGGAGAUGUUGCUUGUACAGGACAAGCCAUUGGCAUGAUUAUAAUUCUGGUUCUCACUGCUGGCUAUCAACUCCUGCUGAAUGAGGCUUUUGGUCCAUUGUUCAGAUAUCUGCCUAUCACUCUCGAGGACGACGCUGUGCGCCGGGACGAGGAAUUUGCCAGAGCAAUGCAAGCGAAGCACAUUGGCCUCAUCGAGGAAGAGACCGAAGCUGAAGAUUUGGAGGAUCAAUUGGAGCGUAAGGAGCGACAAGAACGGGAUGAAGACCGACAGCAGCAAGAAUACGAAUUGGAGAGGAUCAAGUCAGACAAACAAGCACGACUCGAGAAACAAAAAUCCGAACAGCUGCCUGAACUCGAGCCGUACGAGUUUCAGAAUCCUGAAAUCAAUAUGGAUCUGGACCAGGAAAGCAAAGGCGUUCGAUUGGCCAAGAAUAUGGCUCAGAAGACGACUGGUACCACCAAGCAGCUCUUGGGCCGUGCCGUGUCACGAAAAGAACAGCGCAAGUCAUGGGCAGACCGAGACAAUGCUCACAAUCGAAGAUCGACCAGUUUUGGCCAGUGGUCGGCAAGCGAAUCACAGAGCCAUAGCAGAGCCCACUCCGAGGCACGCCCCAGACAUGGCUCAAACAAGCGCCACAUAUCACCGCCCCGAGAAGUCUUCAACAAGUUGAACAAUUUCAAUCCCUUGCUCGGUAACGAGAAGGACGUCGAAGCUCAGCGCGCUGCUCGAAACCAGCUUACCGAGGCUCUCUUUAGCGGAGUGAGCGAUGAACUCGAGGAUCUCACGCCCGAUGAGCGCGACAGAUUGGUCCAGCGAGCUUUCCAGCACAGCGCCCUUCGAGCCAGACGACCUGUGAUCUGGAUCCCGCGUGAUGAACUGGGCAUUAGUGAUGACGAGGUGCAUCGCAUGGGAAAAUUCAGCUCGCAUAUUUGGGUCAGCAAUGUCAGACAGGGACUCGACUCCAAAGGUCGAUGCGUGUACAGCGGCGCUCCCCCUGAUUUCAGCGAGGUCGAUUUGAUCCAGCUGUAAUCUGCCUACGAAUUGUCGGAGACGUUGUAAUCAACCACGGAGGAGGAACGUGUCACUCUUUUCUUUCCAGACACCAGGCGAUGCUCAUUGUCUAUCAGACGUUUCAGCGAGCAAGAGAUCCAGCCACAACUUUUUGUCCCACCCACAACGCAUUAGCGACGGCGUUAUAGAGUUGGGCACAUUGGGCUAGUGAUGGGCAUAUUGUCCGAGGAAUGUUGGGCCUGAGCGCAGGUCUAUCAGGUUAUUGGAUACCACUUACGACGUAAUGUACAUAUAUGAAUAUACUGA